AUGGUGAUUUCAACCCUCACCAUGUUCAUUGGAAGUGUUAAGGAAGAAGUUGUGAGAAUGAACAUGAAAAACAAGUUUUAUGGUGUGGGUCAAUGUGAGAGGAAGAUGAAUUUUUGUGAGAAGGAAGAUGAAUUCUCGGGUGGAGAAAAGAGCGCAGGGCUUCUGAAGACGCAACUUCUGAAACCGACGACCACUUCGAUUUCCAAAACAACGUCUUUCUCCCAGCUGAUUGAGUCGUUGAUUGAUAGAAAGAACUUAAAGGAGGCAGAGGCGGAGGAGUCUCUUGAUUUUCUGUUGCAAGAUGCCAAUGAAUCGCUGAUAAGUGUUUUUCUUGUUCUUUUGAGAGCCAAGGGUGAAACGUAUGAAGAAGUAGUGGAAUUAGCUAGAUCCAUGUUUAAACACUGUAGGUAG